UUGGUGGGGGGGGUGGCGAUGUGAUGCGGUGUGCCGUGCGUGCGCUGCGUGAAUCACUCCUGGAGCUCGCUUGAAGCCACCAACACAGCAGCAGCAGUAGCAGCCGCCACCGGCAGCCAAGGCGGAGACAAAGGGGAGCCACCACCACCAUCACUGCGCUCAAGGACAAGCAGAACCCGUGGGUGUACAAUCAUGGCGUCGGCAAGUGAGCGCUACGGACCCAAAGACGCGGCGGACCAGAAUUUCGACUACAUGUUCAAGCUGCUCAUCAUCGGCAACAGCAGCGUGGGGAAGACGUCCUUCCUUUUCCGUUACGCCGACGAGUCGUUCACCUCGGCCUUCGUGAGCACGGUGGGCAUCGACUUCAAAGUGAAGACCGUCUAUCGCAACGAGAAGCGCAUCAAGCUGCAGAUCUGGGACACAGCUGGACAGGAACGGUACCGCACCAUCACCACGGCAUAUUACCGUGGUGCCAUGGGGUUCAUCCUCAUGUACGACAUCACCAAUGAGGACUCCUUCAAUGCCGUCAGUGACUGGUCCACGCAGAUCAAGACUUACUCGUGGGACAACGCCCAGGUCGUGCUCGUGGGGAACAAGUGCGACAUGGAGGACGACCGCAUGGUUCCCACCGAGCAGGGCCGACAGCUCGCAGAGCAGCUGGGGUUCGAGUUUUUCGAGACGAGCGCCAAGGACAACAUCAACGUGAAGCAGACGUUCGAGCGGCUGGUGGACGUGAUCUGCGAGAAGAUGUCCGAGAGUCUGGACGGAGACGGCGCCGCCGCGGGGGCUGGCGCCGCCGGAAGCAAGCAGGGCACGCGCCUCACAGACAGCCUUCCGCAGUCCUCCCAGGCCUGCGGCUGUUGAGAAGCCUCCAGGGGGUGCACAGAGAUAUGCCAGCGGGAAAAUGAGAACGCUAGGGGUUGCCGCGAUAUCACUUUUUCACGAGACGGUAUCAAUUUCAGCGACACGACGACGGUCGUCGCGAUAUCAGUUUCCCGUAACUUUGUAAUUGUACUCGGCGUUGAACCUUGUCUUGCUUUUCUUCUUCGCUGCACUUCCGGCAGGAAUAAAGAGUACGUAAAAGUUAAUUCGUAACCGCCGAGUCGUCAGUUUCUACCGGAAAAUUAUUUUGCAAAGCACUAAUUUCGUUUAGAUUGAUUCCUCCAGUCUAAAUAAAGAUUCUGAUGCUGAAUUGGUAAUAGCUAUUUUAUUUAGAUGAAAUUCAAUUACAGUGCUUGUUAUUUCAUAAAUGUGUGCUUGUCAGGCCAUUAAAUCUUUUUUUUUAAGUCACAUGAGCAACGAUAAUCACGAUAUUUUACAAAACGGACGACGCCCCUCUCGUGGCUCAUGUAUCGUGUACGAUGCAUCGUAGUGUGAGGGUAUGGCGGCAACCCUAAUUAAAAAAAAACACCCCAUCUUGUAACAAUACUGAGAUUCACCUUCCCCUGACUGCUCAGAAUGAUGAUCUGUGUCCCUUCCCCAAACCCUUGCCCUUAUCAUGGUAACUGUGUUUUAAAUGAUUUGGUGGCAAGGGGUGGGUAGAGGGGGGGGGGUGGCUUGUGACUCACAUGCCACCAAAAGAAAUGUCUAAAAUCAUUACUCUAGAGUGAAUUUAUAAUUGUGAGAUUUCGUCACUCGCGUCAGCUGUGCAGUAUUUAUAGCUUUUUAAAUAGCUUGGUAUAAUAGGUGAGAGAUCUGGUGGGCACAGAUUUAAUUGGUGUUUGUAAAGCAUUUCAGCCGAGUUGGAAUGUGUAAAAUUUAUAAUCGUACAAAGUCAAAGAUGUGCUUUUACCAGUUUAAUUAGAACCUCACAUCGGCUUGCUGUCAGGUUAAGCUGAAUCUCAUUUUGGAGUCUAAUGAGACCAGAAAGAUGUUUUCUUACUGGUGUGUGCUGAUGUCUUUUUUUGGCUUGUGAUGUCAGCACAUGUUGCGCGCAAGGCGAUACAUACAUACAUGCAUACCAUUAUAUACAAAAAACAAUGCAUAUGUGCAUAAAGCAUAUCUAACCUCAGUGACUCAGAUACUCCUGCCAUUACAGACUUAACCUCGUAAACUCUUAAUACAACUGCCAAACUCGACCUAAAGUGAUGUGCGUUGCUCAUAUCAGGGAUGGACAAAUUGCAAACUUUGGGGGCCAAUCACGGUUCGUUUUCUUAAGCCAGGAAAUCAACAAAUAUAUAAUAUGACCGUCACCCAGAUUAAUAGUCGAUGCUAGUUCCUGUUCCAUCGCACAGGCGUUAUAGGCUGCUGUGGGGUGAUGUUGCAGUCAGCAGAGGGCAGUGCAGCCAACUCCACUGUUGUGCUCUACUCUGCUCCUACGUAUAUCCUUCCUGCCUUAAUUCGUCCUGACCAGAGCACUGCACUAUGAACCCGGCAACCUAAGUUAAAUUCCCAGUACCGAGUGGUAUCUGAACCGAUCUUGCCCCCCCUCCCACCUCUUCACCAAUAUGUACUGACCUGCAUGGGAGAUAUGUGACCAUACUUUACCACGACCCGAUCACAUGGUGGCGUGGGGAGGCCCUUAUCCAGCAAUGGAUUGAGGAAAGGUGUGCACGUGAUCGUCCACGUGCAAAGAUGGGACUGCUUUGUCCAUGAGAUGUGGGGUUGAGCCACUCCCCGUGUAAUAGACUCAAGCAGUAAUUCGCAGCAGUGCAAGGCUUCCAGGCAUGACAUCCAGAUGGCCGUAUUUAAUAUGGAAUUAUCGAACGGCUGGCUUUCCCAAAGUUUGAUUGUGCCAGGAACAGCCGAUUGAAUUGAGCUGAAAACAGCACUCUUAGUUCCUUGCAAUUGCCUCAAUUGGCAACACCUGUCAUGUCCAACGUAGAAAAAAACGCACGCUGGAUCACUUUGUCUGGAUUUUUACGACUGGCUCCGAGUUUAAUGAUCCCAGAAGAAAGUAAAUAUAUAUAUAUACACAGACCACCACAUGUGGCUCACUGGCAAAGGUGACGUGUUUUGUGCAGACCAGAUUCGUGUUAGUAUUUCGCUCGGACCCACUGUUAGCAGGUAUUAUAACCUCUUGGCUUGGUUAAACCCUGAAACUGAACUGUUCAGGGUGGAAAGAGAACGCUCGGAGGCAAAUUUACUUGUGGUUGUAUUCGCUGCCCACUCGCUAGUCCACUGAUUAACUGGUCGGUGAUGUAACGAUGGUAUCGAUUAAAUGAGUCCAUGUGCCCCGACCAGUUAUUUCACUGCCUUGUAAUGGUUAUUCGUCGCGGUCAUUCCUUUCCACGAACACGCAAAAGGUCACCCGGUUCAAAACCGGGUUUGAAAUACUAUAUGAUGUUUCACUUGGUGGUACUUUAGUGGUUUCAAUGUCUUGAUGUGGCCAAUAAUAGUUAAUCGAUAUGAUAACCACUUGAAAUUACUGGGUGAACAAAUAACCCACUCCUUUGAGUCAUAUUAAAGAAUUGGCACUACUAAAGUUUUCCUGCCAUGAGUGGUACCGAUAUCAGCUCUGGCCCUUGGACGAAAAUAGAGUCUUAUGCUCACAAUUCGGGGUUGCAACCUCUGAGGUACAAAACACCAGGACAACCAUGGGAAGAGGACGAUCUCGCAAUACCACAAGGGGGAUUGCUCCAUGCAAAUGCAUUGUCUGGAGAGGUGGAUCAUUACACAACUGACAAAUGCGUGGGAUUUAAAUGGCCUGGGAAGACUUACAGAUUUCCCAAGAUCGCUACCUCGAUGAGAAUACGAUCCUCGAAAAAUCAGGACGGGCGGCAACCCGACCCACGAUAUACCCAUCGGACUGUAAAAAAGAAUGUACAAUUUAUGGACGUGAUAUGCAAACGAUAUGCUAAUGUUACAUCGAGGACAAAAGGUAACUUAUGAAUGAGAUCAUGAAAUGUGAAACAAUACAAUAGAGAUGUCAAAAAGGAGAAAAUAAUAAUCGGUCCUUAAAUCGAACUGCGAUGAUGAAUAAUAAUGACAAUUCAUCGAAUCGCAGAGAGUUGCAUUGUUACCUGCUUGCUAAUUAGUGUCCUGAACGGUUGCCAGAGAGAUGGGUUAUGUAGGAGGCAAUAUCACAUGAAGCUUAUAAAGUGCAUUCUCAGAAAACAGUGUCAUUGAGCAUAUAUGUUUGAAUAUACAGAAAGCAAAAUAUUGUAAUUAAGACAUAUAUUGAAUUUCAGAAAACGAGUAAUGUUAUAAGUACGUUAGAAGUUAUAAAAGAGCCAAAUGCAGUAUCGGUGAAAAGUCUGCUUAUUUAUUUAAAAGUAUAAAACAAUUACAACGGUUUUAUGUUUUGUUUGCCUACUGAUUGUAAAAAAAAACAGUAAUAAUAUUUAGACAUUAGUAUAUGUGUGUAUGUAUGUUUAUUAAAAAUGAGCCAAAUGUAUUGUAUUUUUACUGUGACCUAGCAUUGGUCUUUAUUUGCCUUAAUGUUUUGGUGUCGUCGUAUUAGGCAUGUUCGGCGUUCAAGUUCAACGUGUACCGCAGCUUACUUUUACUGAUCAGUUAUUCCGUGUGGACCCCCCCCCCCACGCCCCCCUU